GAUAAUCCAUUACAACAUUCCAAACAUGUCCUAACCAGUGCCUCAGCUUUUGUUUACAUAUAUAAAACUGUUAUAUUUGCAUCUACAGUGAACCACGAUAGUUAAAUUUGAAAAUGCCUCUAAACUUGUUUGGAAACAAGUUUUCUCCAAAGAAAACCCCACCAAGGAGAGCACAAUCUUUAUCUAAUAUCAACUUGGAUGCAGACCAGGCCAGAGAAGAGUUUGGACCAAAUAUUGGACCUGUGAAAUUAAGACUAGGGGGCAAUGAGGUUCAGUUUGAAAAUGGAAUGUGGAUUCAAGAAACUGGAGGUGGUGGAGGAGCAAGUCAUAAAGAAGUAAUGAAACUAAGAAAAGAAAAUCAACAAGUAUCAGAGGAAAACAACCUACUCAAACUUAAAAUUGAUAUACUGUUGGAUAUGCUUGCAGAAGCUUCAGCAGUGUCACAUUAUCAUGAAACAGAACUUAAACAAAUGAGAGCACAGGUUGGAAAGAGACGGUGAUUAAAAUUUAUAAAAGAAAUUGUUUGAAGGGAAAUACACACUUCUGACAUUGUAGGAGUAAACCUUUAAUUAAAAAGUUUGCAUGAGAAACAUUUCUUUAUUGCAUAGAGAAUUAUAAUUUGGCAAUUAUCAAGUAUAUGACUUCUUCAACUUCAUAUUUUAGAUUCUCCUCUAACUGUUAUAAAGUUAUAUAAACACUGUGUAGGGAGUAUUUUAAAUCCUGAAUCUACUACUCAAGGCCCAUAAAUUAUUCUUUUGCACAUAUUAAUUACAAUAGUCACUCAUACUGGAAGUUCAAAAAGCAUUAUUUCUCAUGAGAAAGUGAAAUCAUGCUUGAAUUUUUGAUCUCAGUAGUUAUAAAUUUUCUUACACACUAUGAAAUAAUUAUGAAAAUUACAAUGUAUUCUUAUACAAUGUAGUAAGGAUCAUACAAUCAUUUCAAAGCAUUAUAUCAGUUUGAUAGGGUGCUGCUUGUUCAAUUUUACCAAACACAUUUUAUUUCCAACUUAAUUUUUGUACAUUAUUUUGAACAUUUGAGGUAUAUUUGUAUAUAGUGAAAUAAGUGUAACCUGAAAUAACAACAAAGUCCGUCCAUCAUCAUUUUGUUAUCCCUGUUGCAAAUUUUUUUUUAAUUUCAGGGGAUGUUUAAUUAGAUUGAUUAUUUUAAAACUGUGAUAUUUUAUUAUGUAAUGUAAACUUUGUUGAAAUCAAAUAGAAUACUCUUAUGAAUUAUUUUUCUCAUCAAAACACCUUAUGAUGUUAAGAAUCUGAUUUUAAAGAUCAACAUAAGUAGUUUUUUGUCUGUUCAGUGACUUCAGUCUCAUGGUAUGACUCAUAAAGUUCUAUUUUGUGUGAUUAUUUAAUAAACAGAUGUUAAAUUGAGCUUGACACAACAGACAAAGCGAGAGAAAUCAUUUAAUUGAAUUGUACCAUGUAAUUCAUUUUUAAGAAAGAGAAGAUGUCACUAUUACAUGAACAUUGCAUUUGUUGCUAGACAAACAGUAUUUUGUAUUUUAUUCAAUGUUUAUUGGGAAAGGUUUUAUUAAACCAAUGCAACACUACAUUAGAUGUGUAUUGAUUUAAACAAUAGUUAUGUAUAUUUAUUUAUGUAUUGUUAACAUUGUAGUGCUUUGAUGAUGAAUUAUAGUAUGUAGAAAUA